ACCAGGGGUAGCACAGGUAGCCAAAGUGGCUCGCUGAGGCAGGCCUGUUGCUGAGGCGGGGCGGAGGGAUCCGAGGCGUGCGGGAAACCGCGAUGAGGGCCGUGUUGACUUGGAGAGAUAAAGUCGAGCAGUGUAUAUAUGACCUCGCAUUUAAGCCCGAUGGAACCCAACUGAUUUUGGCUGCCGGAAACCGAUUACUGGUUUAUGACACCUCUGAUGGCACCUUACUCCAGCCCCUAAAAGGACACAAAGAUACCGUGUACUGUGUGGCAUAUGCAAAGGAUGGCAAGCGCUUUGCUUCUGGAUCAGCUGACAAAAGUGUUAUUAUCUGGACAUCAAAAUUGGAAGGCAUUCUGAAGUACACGCACAAUGAUUCUAUACAGUGUGUUUCCUACAACCCUGUUACCCACCAACUGGCAUCUUGCUCCUCCAGUGACUUUGGCUUGUGGUCUCCAGAACAAAAGUCUGUCUCCAAGCACAAGUCAAGCAGCAAGAUUACCUGUUGCAGCUGGACGAAUGAUGGUCAGUACCUGGCUCUGGGGAUGUUCAAUGGGGUCAUCAGCAUCCGAAACAAAAAUGGCGAGGAGAAAGUGAAGAUCGAGCGGCCAGGAGGUUCCCUCUCCCCGAUAUGGUCCAUCUGCUGGAACCCUUCAAGAGAGGAACAUAAUGACAUCCUGGCUGUGGCUGACUGGGGACAGAAACUUUCCUUCUACCAACUGAGUGGAAAACAGAUUGGGAAAGAUCGGUUACUGAACUUUGACCCGUGCUGCAUCAGCUAUUUUACGAAAGGGGAGUACAUUUUGCUGGGAGGGUCAGACAAGCAAGUAUCCCUUUUCACCAAGGAUGGAGUACAGCUUGGGACUGUUGGGGAGCAGAACUCCUGGGUGUGGACAUGUAAAGUGAAACCCGAUUCCAACUAUGUGGUGGUAGGCUGCCAGGAUGGCACCAUUUCCUUCUACCAGCUGAUUUUCAGCACAGUCCACGGGCUCUACAAGGACCGGUAUGCCUACAGGGAUAGCAUGACUGAUGUCAUCGUGCAGCACCUAAUCACCGAGCAAAAAGUUCGGAUUAAAUGCAAAGAGCUUGUCAAGAAAAUUGCCAUCUACAAAAAUCGAUUAGCUAUCCAACUGCCAGAGAAAAUCCUCAUCUAUGAGUUAUAUUCAGAUGACUCGUCAGACAUGCAUUACCGGGUGAAGGAGAAGAUUGUCAAAAAGUUUGAAUGCAACCUCCUGGUGGUGUGUGCAGAUCACAUCAUCCUCUGCCAGGAGAAAAGGCUGCAGUGCCUGUCCUUCAGUGGCAUGAAGGAGCGGGAGUGGCAGAUGGAGUCUCUGAUUCGUUACAUCAAGGUGAUUGGUGGCCCUCCUGGAAGGGAAGGUCUCUUAGUGGGCCUGAAGAAUGGGCAGAUACUGAAGAUCUUCGUGGACAAUCUCUUUGCCAUCGUCCUGCUUAAGCAGGCCACAGCUGUGCGGUGCUUGGACAUGAGCGCCUCCCGCAAUAAGCUGGCCGUGGUGGAUGAGAAUGACACGUGUCUGGUAUAUGACAUUCACACCAAGGAGCUGCUUUUCCAGGAACCAAAUGCCAACAGUGUGGCCUGGAACACCCAGUGUGAGGACAUGCUCUGCUUCUCUGGAGGAGGCUACCUCAACAUCAAAGCCAGCACCUUCCCCGUGCACCAGCAGAAGCUGCAGGGCUUCGUGGUUGGCUACAAUGGCUCCAAGAUCUUCUGCCUCCACGUCUUCUCCAUGUCGGCUGUGGAGGUGCCGCAGUCCGCUCCAAUGUACCAGUACCUGGACAGGAAGAUGUUCAAAGAAGCCUACCAGAUUGCUUGCUUGGGCGUGACCGACACCGAUUGGCGGGAGCUGGCUAUGGAAGCUCUAGAAGGGUUAGAGUUUGAAACAGCAAAGAAGGCUUUCACCAGAGUACAAGAUCUCCGAUAUUUAGAGCUCAUCAACAGCAUUGAGGAGAGGAAGAAGCGGGGAGAGACCAACAAUGAACUGUUUCUGGCAGAUGUGUUUGCCUACCAGGGGAAGUUCCACGAGGCUGCCAAGCUCUACAGGAGGAGCGGGCACGAGACCCUCGCACUCGACAUGUACACCGACCUCCGCAUGUUUGAAUAUGCCAAGGAUUUCCUUGGAUCUGGAGACCCCAAAGAAACAAAGAUGCUAAUCACCAAACAGGCUGACUGGGCCAGAAAUAUCAACGAGCCCAAAGCUGCUGUCGAGAUGUACAUCUCAGCGGGGGAGCAUGUCAAGGCCAUUGAGAUCAGCGGGGACCACGGCUGGGUCGACACGUUAAUUGACAUUGCCCGGAAGCUGGACAGAGCCGAGCGGGAGCCCCUGCUGAUGUGUGCACACUACUUUAAGAAGCUGGACAACCCAGCCUAUGCUGCCGAGACCUAUCUGAAGAUCGGGGACCUGAAGUCCUUGGUUCAGCUGUAUGUGGAGACCCAGCGCUGGGACGAGGCCUUUGCUUUGGGCGAGAAGCAUCCCGAGUUUAAGGAUGACAUCUAUGUGCCCUACGCUCAAUGGCUGGCAGAGAACGACCGUUUUGAGGAAGCCCAGAAAGCGUUCCACAAGGCCGGGCGGCAGAGGGACGCCGUGCGGGUGCUGGAGCAGCUCACGCACAACGCCGUGGUGGAGAGCAGAUUUAAUGAUGCAGCCUAUUAUUACUGGAUGCUGUCCAUGCAGUGCCUUGACAUAGCGCAAGCAGAUCCUGCCCAGAAGGAUGCCAUGCUUGACAAGUUCCACCACUUCCAACACCUGGCUGAGCUGUACCAUGGCUACCACGCCAUUCAGCGGUACACGGAGGAGCCAUUCAGUUUCCAUCUUCCCGAAACCCUUUUCAACAUCUCCAGGUUCCUGCUGCACAGCCUGACCAAGGACACCCCCUUGGGCAUCUCUAAAGUGAACACGCUUUUUACCCUGGCCAAGCAGAGCAAGGCCCUGGGUGCCUACAGGCUGGCCCGGCAGGCCUAUGACAAGCUGCAGGGCCUGCACAUCCCCGCCCGGUUCCAGAAGUCCAUCGAGCUGGGCAGCCUGACCAUCCGCUCGAAGCCCUUCCAUGACAGCGAGGAACUGGUUCCUUUGUGCUAUCGCUGCUCCACCAACAACCCAUUGCUUAACAACCUGGGCAACGUCUGCAUCAACUGCCGUCAGCCCUUCGUCUUCUCUGCCUCUUCCUACGAGGUGCUGCACCUGGUGGAGUUCUACCUGGAGGAUGGGAUCACUGACGAAGAAGCUGUUGCCCUCAUUGAUCUGGAGGCCCCGAGACAUAAACGGGAGAGCAAAUGGCAGGAGAUCACAAGCAACAAUUCUCAGACUCUGAGGCUUGAUGAGACCAUGGACUCCACAGGGGAUGAUGACCCAUUCACAGCAAAGCUGAGCUUCGAGCAAGGUGGCUCGGAGUUCGUGCCCGUGGUGGUGAGCCGAUCGGUGCUGCGCGCCAUGAGCCGCCGGGACGUCCUCAUCAAGCGCUGGCCCCCGCCCCUGCCCUGGCAGUACUUCCGCUCGCUCCUGCCCGACGCCUCCAUCACCAUGUGCCCCUCCUGCUUUCAGGGUGUGUGUGCCAACGACAGAGACCCCCAGACCUUCCACUUGUGCCAGCACUGCCCUUGGGGGGCAGGAAGGAGACUCAGCAAAGAGGCCAUUACCUGGACGGGGCUGUUAGCCUGGGUCAGGCACUUGACAUCAGUGUUCCUCAUACUCCUCCAUCCAGACUCCAGAAUCAUCUCCCCAAAAUGGAGACUGCUCGCACGCCUCAGCUUAUGACAGAUAACACCCAGACUCCUAGCACAAGAAGCUGCGCACGCCCCUCAACUACAUCCUGCUCAACCUGGCCGUGGCCGACCUCUUCAUGGUCUUCGGUGGCUUCACCACCACCCUCUACACCUCCCUGCACGGAUACUUCGUCUUCGGGGAAACGGG